AUGGAUUCAACUAUGGAUGAUGACAAUGGCCAAUCAAAGACCCAUGGUGCCAGUCGCUUCUCUCUGGGUUACAAAAUUGGUCCAAACGACGAUUUGAUUUAUUCCUCUGGAUUUGAUAAACAUUAUUCGUCGCAACAAUACUGCGUGAAUCACCCACCUAUUCGAGAGACCGGCAUUAUUGAAAAACUUUUGCACUCCUGCGGAUUUAUUCAGUGCUGUAAGAGACAGGCUCGGCUGUUCUUUAACUUUAGCCAAUUUAGCGGUAAUACUGAAAAUAUGAAGAUAGGAGACCCUGUUGAGUUCGAGUUGCAGUAUGACCGUCGCACUGGAAAGCCAAUAGUUUCAACGGUGUUAAGAGGAACCCGCGCUGGCGGAGAAAUAAAGGAAAAGGGUGACAAUACUGGAAAAAAAUCGCAUGAAAAUGUUCGUGAAUCGUUUUUACCUUCUAAAGACGACAUUGAGGGUAGUGCCACUUUGCUUACUGGUGACGCUAUCAGUUUGCAGAAAGCAACAAAUCAGCGAGGUACAUUCGGAGCGUGUCAUUCCCGCCUUCAAAAUCCCGCGCAACCUGGCAAAUAUCACAGACUGGUUGGUUCCAUAAAGGAAAACUUUGAUUUCAUUACUAAAGGGGACCUAGUUUUGGGAGAUGAUGUAGAAUACUUCAAUAAAACUGGAAAAGGAAAGGAAGUGGCUUGUAACAAAAUGAAAUUGUCAAGCGGUACCGUAGUGCGCGGGCAAAUGUUGAAGCCAUUGGAGCGCAGUUUCUUUCUACGCGCGACUCGUAACGUCUCCUCUGAUAGAGUCAGCAGCUCUACGGAGGUUCCACUGCUCAGCACUGGUCAGUCUCGCGCAAAGAAGUGCGAAAUGUGUGAAAGUACAGAAAUCAGGGAGGAGUUGUUGAAGAGAAAGGUUGAAAGUCACAAGCAAAAGGUUGAAGAACUAAAUAAAAAAAAAAUAGGCUUUUGUGCACGAAGAAUGCAAGAAUAUCAUCAGUUGUUGCCGCACUCUUUAAGCCGUCAGCAGCUCUACGGAGGUUCCACUGCUCAGCACUGGUCAGUCUCGCGCAAAGAAGUGCGAAAUGUGUGA